AUGAGCGACGUCGACCAGGCUAUAGCUGACGGCCGAGUGCCCUCCGAAGUAUCGAGAGCGACCUUGCUUGAGAGUAAAGACCGGCCAGCUAUUGUGGGGAUUUUGAUUGUGACGAUUUUGACAUUUCUGGUGGUUGUUGGGAGAGUGUUGUCCAGGGCAUUCAUCGUACGGAGAUUUGGCUAUGACGAUGGACUUGCGGUUGCGUCACUGGUGCUUCUAAUUAUCUUUGUCGGCCUAUCUAUUGACCUGAUUCAACUCGGAUCAGGCCGACAUUUUGUCUACAUCCAAUACGUCCUCCCCGUCGACAUCGUCAUGCGCACCCAGGUCCUCGACUUUGCUGCCCAUAUUGUCUAUACAACGGCCCUUUUGCUCUGCCGCAUUUCUGGAUUGGCAUUUUACUACCGCAUUUGCGGCCUCCACCGGGGCUUCUUGAUUGCUAUCCAGGCUGUGUUGGGCGUUAUCGUGGCCGGCUUCUUGCCGCAGCUGUUCUUGCUGAUAUUCCACUGUAAGCCUGUCACAGGACUGUGGCCGUACGGCUGGGAACCCGGCUGGGAGAGAUACACAUGUCUGCAAUGGGGAUUAGUGUACAGUGUGAACUCGUCAGUGUCCUUGUUGUGCGACUUGCUGCUGUUUGGUAUCCCGGUGGCUAUGUUGAGAAUUCUGGAGAUGCCUCGAAAGAGGAAGAUUCAGCUGGCUUGCAUUCUCUUGCCAGGUAUCGGUGUCAUUGCUAUUUCGAUUGCUCGCCUUGUUCUCGUUAUUUUGGGACAAUGGGAAUCCGAUAUGUCUUGGAGCUACAACCCCAUGCUCGCAGUCGAAACAUCGGAAAUCGGUGCCACCCUCAUCGCUCUGUCUAUUCCAGGAAUCAAGCCCAUCUUUGACAAGUAUAUUCUCAACAAGAAGAUUCAGACGGAGUCCGGCAACUCCAAGUACAACCGGAGCACAAGUCGUCGCUCCAAGGGCACAGCGCUCAGCACAUUUCGAUUACGCUCACAACACAGCAUGCUGGCCAGUCAAGAGAAUACGACAGCGUAUGGACACGAAGUGCAUGCUAUUUCGCAGCAUGACAACAACAGCCAAACAGGCAGUGAUGGCAUUUUUGUAAGAGUUGAUUUUGAUGUCAAGGAGGGUCAGUUGGAGUCUGGGAAUCAACCAGGCGCAAAGUAUGUACAAUAUUAA